CAACUACCAAAAAAAAAAAAAAAAAACCCCGAAGUAAAUAAAAAAAAAAACGUAUAAUAAUCACCAUUUUUAUUGACCAUGCAACUCAACAAUCUAUUGGCGGCUCAAUUACACUACAACUGACGAAGAGAGAGGUGUACUGAUCAAACACUUUCAAGGAAGGGUUUUUUCAUAACCUUUGUAUUCGAUUGUUUGAAUGGAUAGUGGAAAGGAUGACGAUUUCACAUUUUGUCAGGUCAGUGCACCCGUAGAUCAGAAUGAUUUUAAUGAGCAAACUGUGGUUCCGGGUAUUAGUAAAAUUACUAUUAACGAGGAAGCCUCAAGUAGUAAUAGUGGUGAACAAAUUAAUCUAUGGAACAAUACAAGUGUUCCUAUAUCUACCACUGUGAAGGAGAAAAAAGUUGGAUCGUUGUCUUUCAAUGUCAUCGAUACAACUCAAAAGCAGCCUAUCACUACACAAAAACAAGCAGGGAAACCAUUAAAGGAUCCAGCAGAACAGAAACCUGUGGCCAAGAAGCCUGCUGCUCGGGCUAAGGUUCCUUUUGAAAAAGGUUAUAGUCCAAUGGAUUGGGUCAAGCUUACUCGUACGCAUCCUGACCUUGCAGGAUUGAAUGGCCAGUCAAACAGGAGGCUUAUACCUUUGAGUGAAGUCAAACAACAUCAAUCAGAAGGCACCAUGUGGACGGUUCUGCAUGGACGUGUUUAUAACAUUUCUCCAUACAUGAAAUUUCACCCUGGAGGUGUUGAUAUGUUAAUGAAAGCUGUAGGAAAAGACUGCACAUCAUUAUUCAAUAAAUACCAUGCUUGGGUAAAUGCAGAUUUCUUACUUGAGAAGUGCUUGGUGGGUAUCUUAGAUGAUAACAAAGGAGGGAAGUAACUGUGUGGUGAAGUCUUAAAUAAGCAAUUAUUGGCAAGAGGUAAAUUACAACUUAUGGCCUUAUGCUAAUACUUGCCCUGCCUCUACAUGAAAUAUGAGCUGAAAUAUUAUUAAUAUUGUUUCGAAUUGAGUCACUUAUAGUUUUAAUUGAAGAUGGGUCAAUUCUGUUUCGAAUUGAGUCACAUAUUGUUUUUAUUGAAGAUAGGUCGAUAUGUUGUAUAUCUCACAAUUAUGUAGUACAUUGAUUCUUACUAGUAUGAAAUAACUUUUACCCAUCUA